AGAGGAAGGAAAAAAAAAAAAAAACCCUGCAGUGUGAAUGUGUGUAGUUUGUUUCCCUCCCCUGAGCAGAUCUUUAUCAAAUUGGGUGCUCCGGUCUCGGGGUGCACUCUGUGUGUGUGUGUGUGCAGUUUACAGCAGGGCCCAGCAAAGUGUCUUGGUGGGUGUGUGUGUGGAGAAGAGCUCCGUGUCCGGUGGAAAGCAGGCAGCAUAAACAAGUGGGAGAAACCGUCGCGGAGAACCACGUGUCGUGGAGACUGACGUGGACAGAACCGGAGAAAGAGGGGGGAAGAAAAAAAAAAGACAACACGCGGUCCCGAGGGGCUCAAGUCAUUCAAGUGCUGGCUGAGAAGCUGAACAGUAAUCUUGGUGAAGAAUGGAGAGGCCCCGUCAUUUGGAGCACGGACAUCAGACUGGCAACUUUCUCACUGUGAAUACAUCCAGCCACUCCUUCAGAAUUCAACAUUCGGCUGGACCGUGCGUACAGCCUAAAUGACUAAGUGGAACCUGUUCAAGCACCAGACAACGCCAAUGGUCGCUGCCAAGCCAACAGAGGCCAGUGCCUUGACUGUGACUCCUGCUCCUGUCGCACUCGUCUCUGCGGACAACUCCACCGAGCCAGUCAGCAAGAACGAUGCCUUUGAUGAGAUUAAAAACAAGUUUCUGAAUGAAAUCGAUAAGAUCCCACUGCCAUCCUGGGCCAUUAUCGCCAUUGCUGUGGUUGCUGCUUUACUCAUUCUAACGUGCUGCUUCUGCAUCGUCAAGAAAUGUUGUUGCAAGAAGAAGAAGAACAAGAAGGGCAAGAAGGGGAAGGGUGACAUGGGGAUGAAGAACCUCAAAGGAGGAGAGAAACAACAGGAUGAUGAUGACGAGGAAGACGACGUUGAACCCGGACUGACUGGAGAUGAGAAAGAAGAGGAGGUGAAGGAGAAGGAGAAGCUCGGAAAGUUGCAGUACUCCAUUGAUUACGACUUCCAAGAGAAUAAGCUGACCGUGGGGAUCCUGCAAGCUGCUGAUCUCCUCUCCAUGGACAGCGGUGGUACCUCUGACCCCUAUGUUAAGGUGUUUGUCCUACCUGACAAGAAGAAGAAGUUUGACACAAAGGUUCACAAGAAAACCCUCAACCCAGUCUUCAAUGAGACUUUUACCUUCAAGAUUCCAUUCCAAGAGAUGGGAGGAAAGACCCUGGUCAUGUCUGUCUACGACUUUGAUCGUUUCUCUAAACAUGACGUCAUUGGAGAGAUUAAAAUACCCAUGAACACCCUUGACCUGGCAAAGCCGAUUGAGGAGUGGCGAGACUUAGACAGCGCAGACCAAGAAGAGCCGGAGAAGCUGGGUGACAUUUGCAUCUCUCUACGUUACGUCCCCACUGCUGGGAAACUCACAAUCUGCAUUUUGGAGGCCAAGAACCUGAAGAAAAUGGACGUGGGGGGUCUUUCAGAUCCCUAUGUGAAGAUCAACCUGCUGCAGAAUGGGAAGAGGCUGAAGAAGAAGAAGACGACAGUUAAGAAGAACACUUUAAAUCCUUACUACAAUGAGUCGUUCAGCUUUGAGAUUCCUCUUGAGCAAAUGCAGAAAAUACAAGCUGUGAUCACAGUGCUGGAUUAUGACAAGAUUGGUAAGAAUGACGCCAUCGGGAAGAUCUGGGUAGGUAGCAAGUCCACCGGAGCCGGACUGAAACACUGGUCCGACAUGCUGGCCAACCCCCGCCGUCCCAUUGCCCAGUGGCAUCCACUGCAGCCGGAGGAGGAGGUGGAUGGUGCUCUCGCAGCCCUGGCUGCCAAGAAGUAAUCCCCCAUCCCGACCCCCACGGUGCCCCCGAACUACCCACACAUUUUCCAUCAAUGUACAGUAUAUUCCCGCCCCAAAUAAUAUCCUGCCUCCCCCGCCCGCCAUCUUUCAAAAGAUCCAUAAAUACAGGUCAUCAUGAUGCCAAAUAGAGCUUAAAAGAAGCAUCAUGUGAAAUAAAAUCACGUCAUUGAAAAAAAAGACGACAAGGUACAGGACGGACCGAUCCUCUUGAUUUCCUUUAGAUCUAUUUUUGUAUCGGGGUUGUGGUUCUGUUUCGGAAAGUGCAGCGUCAAUAAUGGAGGACCGUUAGAGUGCUUAAUGGGAAUCGGGUAACCGAGGGGAUAAAAAAAAAAAAACAUCCAUUCAUCUAUAUUGUACCUUUUCCCUUUAGUGACACAGUCUGCUUAGGAUAGCGCUUAAUAAUAAAAAUGCUUUAUACUGCCAUAUGAUAGAGGAAUAACACAAGCAGGUCCAUUCCUUGGGUGUAUUCCGCACCGCGCUCCACACCUGCCACUUAUCUUACUGGACCAUUCUGUUAUGUUGACGUACAUUCCUAGAAUCGGGUAGCAAGUAGUGGUAGGCACAUAUCCAGUUACCCACAGACGCACUGCCUUUUCGAUUAGUUCACCUUUCGUCCACCAUCUCAGGAAUACUGAGAGGAGACUCCACGCCUUUUUUUCUACACGGGUUGUUCUGAUCAAAGCACGGCGAGAGAGAAACUGUUUGAUUGCUUUUGGGGAAGGCUGUUUGUUCUCCACGUGGAUCGGUAGAUGGCUUUCCACUUUCAAAGAUGGCGAAAAAGCGCGCGUUUGGUGUACCUUGACUGCGCAAAAUAUAUCAAUUCGAGAGACGAUCAGAGUCGGGGACGACGACGACCGAGACUUGACCGCGACCGCCUCUGACGUGACGUUUACGAGGCGUCGGUUGCCACUGCCCGCCGUCCGCCCCAUCCCGUCCCAACAGCGCCGUAUCUCAUUGGUUCCCCGCUACUGCCGUUAGUCAUGGACUCCACGCGAGGGUUUCGCCGCUGUAUUGUCCGUCCAACAGUCAUAAAGGAGACAAGCCUUCCAAGUAUCAAAAUAAGCAAUUUUCAACUACCAGGGACGCCUUCCACUUAGUGUUGUUGUUCUCUUUGUUUCUCACUGUCUUUCUUUCUUUCUUUUUACGCCCUUGUUUUAUUUAAAACACCUUUCCCAAUUCCUCAAGCACUUUAACUCAAAAAUGUUUCAUCUAAACAUUUAACCAGAGCUUUAAUUAUUCGUUUUAGGAAGAAUUAUUCAUGGGAGUUGAUUGUGUGUAUUUUCUGCCUCAUAUCUUUUAAUUGUUUGGGUGUAGCUUGUCUUGGAUUGGGGGCAUAAUGUACGGGAAAAAGCAGCACCCAUUCACACGAACAGCAGAAUUUUAAUUGCACUAACAGGGAUUCUGUUUCUGCUCGGUAGUAUGCGCAUUUUUCCAGGGGAUGAAAUAUUCUGGUUACAUUGAGUCCCAGUUUUGUGUUUGUUUGGUUCGGUUUGUUUGAAAUAAUUUCAGUUUUUGAAGUGAAGAGACUUCAUCUCAUGACUACACCGUUGGAUACCUGAAUAUGUGCAGCAAUGCUAACAGCAAAAACAACCAGAAGACUGUGCUUUUGUCUACGUGAAUCAAAUGCAAUUUGGAAUCAGUCAUCAUUUUAUUUUGCCAGUAACAAACAAGGAUUGAUAAAUCAUCUUUUUUGUGUGUGUGUGUGCGUGCGUGUGUGUGUUGACAACACUAAAGAAAAGGCGACAUGGAAGCAAUCAAGCAACCCGUUAGUGUAAUUUUGCCUCUAUACAUAGCUCAUUCACGUUGAUACUGCAUGUUUCUACAAAAUAUUGUACAUAAAAGCAUGUUUUAGAGACAGCGCAAAAAGAUCUCGUGUUCUUGAAUGGGUGUCAUUCGUCAUUUUAUUAACGCAAUGAAAAUGGUAAAAAAAAAAAAAAAAAAAAAAAGAUGCACUGUAUAUUUUCUAAAUGAAACAAAUGUGUAUGUAUUUAUUUUCCAUGAGGGUUAUUGGAGAGAAUGUCAUCCAGAUGUUAUAGUAAUACUAUUAAUACUGACUAGGAACCUUUCCAAGCCUGAAAUUCUUAAGCAAGUGUGUCGUCCAGUACUGUGCGUGAGUUCAUGUAGGAUGAAAAUAUAGCCGCAUGCUUGCUAUCUUAACUCCUUGUGGUCCCGGUAUUAUAAUUUGCUUUUAUUUUAAAAAACAAACAAACAAACAAAAAAACAUUCUGCCAUACAUAUUGUUUGUUUCAGGCUUUAUCUGAAAGCUGCUUUGUCAUUGUUUUGACUAUUUAUUUGUAUGGAAUAAGGGCCUCCAAGUCUUCAAAACUACAUCAUUUUAUUUUCAGAUAUCCUUCUAAACUAUUACGAGAAAAAAAAAAAAGAAUAUUAGCUGCAUUAUAAUAUUUGUGCCAAUGCUGAUCCAGAAUAAAGUCAUCUCUGGGGCCAAAAUAUUGAAGAAUUAUAUUCCAUUCAACACAAAUGACUUGGAGACCCUCCCUGCCCCCCUCCCCACUUGCUUUGCUUACAUUUUAUUUAGCUCUUGUAUUUAAAUGACCUUAAAACCUACAUGGCUAUAUGUCUUUAAAUGUGUUUAUUAUACAAUAUAUGUGGAGACGUUUAAUGAUAAAACUAAAGCCAUAAAACUCAAGCACUAACUCUUUAGAGCUCAGCUGAGUCGAUAGAUUUAUUCUAUUUAAAAAAAAAAAAAAAAAAAAAGAAGUCAUUUUUCUUGGCCAGUUUGUCCUGACAUUCCAUUUCAGAGUGUUUAUCCAUUAGCGGGACGAGCUUUUUCGGAUGUGUGAGCAUCCACAAGUCUUUCUUAGGGGAGAUGUAUGUGUUUUUCCUUAAUUGUUUAUUUAUUUGAACUAUGGUCGGCAGACCAUAUUAUUCUUCAGUAUGUUAUUACACAAAGUUCUUUCCAACCCUUCCAAAAUAAUGUACAGCGAGUAUUUUGCACUUGUGAUAAGUGUAAUAUAUCAAUUUAACUGGGUUUGUGUGCUUUUUAGUUAGCAUAGUUUUGCUUAUUAGCUAACAAUGACUCCAUUGCUGUGUCUAGCUGGCUGCAGUUAGCGAAUUUAGCGUCAUUUCUACAAAAUUCAAGCUUAACUUAGCGUAGCUUUAUUUACCACGGCUCAAGAUGAAAAUUACUAGUGCCGGGAAGAGAGCUGGGGCCCCAAAUAUCUGGAGCAAUUUUACCCAUUACUGUAAUAUACUAGCAGUAAAGGGUUAGCUUCUCCCAUAUUUAGCUAAUGCUGCUAUUGUAGCUAUAAAUAGAACCGUUUAACUUGCCCUAGUUAGAGCAAAAACUGCUAAUACUGCGAAUGCCGCAAACACGAGCAAAUGUACUUUGCUUCAUGUGGUCUAGUUUCACCUUGUACUACUACACUGAUAAUCUGAAUAGACACGUCUCAGUGUGUUUUGGAAAGACUGUCAGUCCCUUUGCUACGACCACUCGGUUCACCGGCUGAUUCUGCAGAACCGGACUCGUUUACGCAGCAAAAUGCGAGACGGCGAAGCAAAAGUGUCGCCAGAUACAAGCACAUAGAUGAGAUUCGGACGAUCUGCUAUUGUCGAGAUUGACGAGAGCGACCGCGGUGCGAACAAUCGCGCCAGACUUCACCGUUCAUUCCUAAUCUGAUGUUAAAUGUACAUUUUGAUUCAAAUGUCGGUCACCACCUUUGGUUGGAACGCACUACGCCCGCAACUGUUUUUUCGUAUUUAAAUUCUGGGAUUUAAAAAGGGAAGCCAUCCACCACUUCUGAACACGCACGUUCAACUCUCAUGACUCACUGUGUGGCUUUUUUUUUUUUUUUUAUUAUUAUUCUUGAGCAAAAUGUGCAAUCGCUUAUUUUCCUCCUGUGAUCUAUUUAUCAGAUGUAGAAGGUUAGUGCGCAUUUGUCUACCUGUAUGUCGCCUUUAUAUCUGCGCGUUGUUCCCGUGUAAAUCAUCUGUCAUUCUCCCGAAGAAGCGGAUGCAUGGAGUUCUUCCUCAAACCGAUGCUUUUGCCGUGCGUAAAGAAUGCUGGCCUUCAUGUUUACAACAUGGACAUCGUGUAUAACUGCCAAAUUCUCGUACCUGACCUCUUUUUGAACGUUUGCGACUCUCUCAUUCCAGAUGUUUUCUUUCUCUCUUUUUUUUCUUUUUUUGGGGGUUUUAACUUUCACUUCUUCAUCCUCUAUGAAAGCAUUGGAUCGGAGGACAGUCAGGUUGUGUCCUCUAGCUGUGUUUCUUCGUGUCUCGUGUCGUGGUGCGCGUGUUCAUGUCAGUACUUGUGCCUACUGUGGAUCGCAUGCUUUAGCCCUUGACUGGACACAAACAUUGCUCACAAACUCCUCUUGACCCUUAUGUGGACAAAUGUCGGGGAUCCUUAUAACAUUAUCAAGGGAGCCAAAUAACUUAUGACAAAAAUUUAUCAUAUGUGGUACCAGUUCUGUAAAAAAACAAAACAACGACCAAAAAAAAAAAAAACAAAAAAAAAUCAAAUAGGAAAUAAAGAACUUUUAAUUACACACGUGUCCAUUAUGUGGUGCAGUUGUGUUAAGCAAAGUACACACAUAUCGAUGUUUAACAUCUCAAUCUUUUUUUUUCUUUUUUAUGAGACUUGCCACACAUGACAAAGCUAAAACUGGUACGUGUGCUUACUUACUGCAUUGUACUCAAGACGACUAACACGGCAUGCCUUAUUACAUACCAUCAUAAAAACAUACAAUAACAACGUGUAACAAGAGUGAAAUGCGAGAGGCAAGCAUGGUGGCGUCAAGACUGCUGGAACAAAAAAAAACAAAGAAGAGGAGGACGAGGAUGAGGAUAAUAAGUGGGGGAAAAAAAGCUGAAAACAUCCAUCCAUUCAUUUUCUUUGUCGCUUAUCCUCACGAGGGUCGCAGGAUAGCUGGAGCCUAUCCCAGCUGUCAACGGGAAGGAGGCGGGAUGCACCCUAAACUGGUCACCAGCCAAUUGCAGGGCACAUCGAGACAAAGAGUCGCACUCACAAUCACACCUAGGGGCAAUUUAGAGUGUCCAAUUAAUGUUGCAUGUUUUGGGGAUGUGGGAGGGAACCGGAGUGCCCGGAGGAAACCCACGCAUGCACGGGGAGAACAUGCAAAUUCCAUACAGGCAGGGGCGGGAUUGAACCCCGGGUCCUCAGAACUGUGAGGGCAACGUUUUACCAGCAGCUCCACUGUGCCGCCGCUGAAAACGUCGCAGUUGCAUAUUCUUCGUAAUGGCUUACAAGCAGUUGCCCUCCCGUUGAUAAGGGCCUCCAAAUCUUUGCUGACAUCGAAAUGGAAAAUACUGCAUUCGCUCUUGCGACUGAACUAUGAUUAUGUAAAAUUUGGGAAAUAAUUCAUGGCACGUUACCAUUCUUAGGGUUAGUGCAGAAACUUUUUACGUAAAUAUUUGCUUUGGACAAUAUUUCUACAUGGGCGGCACGGUGGACCAGCUGGUAACUUGUUGGCCUCACAGUUCUGAGGUGCUGGGUUCAAUCCCGGACCCGACGGUAUGGAGUUUGCAUGUUCUCCCCGUGCCUGAGUGGGUUUUCUCCGGGCACUCCGGUUUACCUCCCACAUACCAAAAACAUACAACAUUAAUUGGACCCUCGGUGUGAUUCUGAGUAUGACUGGUUUGUCUCUAUGUGCCUUGUGAUUGGCUGGCACCCAGUUGAGCGUGUACCCCACCUCCUGACAGCUGGGAUAGGCUCCAGGACUCCUCGUGACCCUCGUGAGGAUAAGUGGCAAAGAAAAUGGAUGGAUGGAUGAAUAUUUCUACAUCUUUAAAACCCUUAAUAAGGAUUUUGUUUACAUUUUUUUACAUUGAAAAGUGUUAGACGACAGAAAGAGGUGAACAUCAAAAACACUUUUAACCCUUUCCAAAAUAUUUUUAGUGAGUUAUUUUUUUUUUUGGGGGGGGGGUGGUGGAAGUUUACCAGUUGACACUUGGGUUGGUUUAAUCUCAGAAAACAUCCGUUGUGCAAAUUAUGCAACGCAAAACUUUGAUAACCCGAUUUUUAUAUUUUAGCUGAGAUAAUAUUAAUGCUAAUAUAAUCAAGUAAUGGUAGAAGAAAUGUUUAGAACAACUGACAUCUUGUUUAUGGUGAAGCUAUCCACGAAUAAAAUAACAACACGUCUGCCAAAUCCCAACUCCAAAAGUCCGACAUUGCAUUAUGCUUCUAAUUUAGUCUCUGAGAAAGUUAUAAAUAUGCUGGUUGGAUUUGGUGAUUUGUGUUUUCUUCUGACGCAGGGAUGAUGAGAAUUUUCCGGAAUUCCGAAGUUUUUUUUUUUUUUUUUUUUUUUUAGCUGAAAAUGUCAUUGUUGUGAAACUUGUAGAUUUUUUUUUUUUUUUUUUUUUUU